AUGACCAUCCGUCAACUUCCUCCGACAAAGCGCCCCGUUAUUCUUAGCCUAGACGGAGGAGGUGUCCGCGGCCUCAUCCAGCUGGGACUUCUCUGUGUAUUGGAAAAACGCAUUGGUAUACCUAUUGCAUUGCUACCGGACUUGUGCGCCGGAACGAGUGUAGGUGCAUUGGCUGUAAUUGACAUCUUCAUCAACGGUAGUUUGGCUACCAGCUGCUUCCUCAAAUUGCCCGAUCUGGCACGAAAGAUUUUCCGUCGUGAAUACAGGCAUCCGAUUCUUCGCUACGCCCAUUGGCUGGCCUCUGCAUUCAAUCUGACCUCCCACGGGCUCUACGAUUCGAGAAAUUUGUCGGAAACUUUACAAGAAGCCGUCAAUCCUGGUCGUCGAGUCUUUGACGUUCCUAUCAUGAGCCCCUCAGGCUGUCGAGUGGCUGUUGUAGAAAUGAUUGAUCUUGACUUGGCUAUCAAAGAGCAGACUGGGACGAGGGUCUUAAUGGCGAUCGGCUCGCUUCUGAGUGAGAAAAAUUCUUCCAAGCAUGAUCUCGGAUCUUUCUUGCGGGUCUUGAUUGGAUAUGCAUUCACUAUGAUGGGCCCGGCGAGGGAAGAGAUUGCUAGGUUCGAUAAGUGCAAGACCGUAGGAAUCUGCAUACUAUCCGUCCCAAAGUCAACUAUGAGACUCUUUCGGUGA